UUUAUUGUUUAUAUUUUGAAGUUGUUACAAGUCAUAUAAAUACAUAUAUUAAAAAUAACGUCGUCUACAUACUUUUUGUCAUACAGAUUUUGUGUCAACGUCAUUUCAAAAUUUAUUUCAAAAUCACCGCUUAAGCCAAUAUGAAUAAAUUAGAUCAAACUUUAGAUGAUGUGCAAAACACACGUUUCGACAGUACCUACCAUGACUUUUUGGCGUAUAUGGUGAAACAAAGUGCGUUCACGUCGGAAGAAGUAAGGUGUAUUCUUAUGGUUUAUCAUAAAUACGUACUCGCCAAUGGACCCAAAGCAAAAAAUAUGACUAGAAAGCAAUUCUUUCAUCUGUUUCUUGUGAUUUUCCAUAUUUAUGACUUGCAGAUUAUUGAACGCAUUAUCUUAUACCUGACUUCGGAGCAGUACAAAGAUGUGGAUCCAAUGUCGUUUGUCAAAUUGGUUUCAGUGUUUAUGACUGAUAAAUUAGAACAGAGAAUGAGAUUUGCAUUUCAGAUAUAUAAUGUACAGGGUACUGGCUAUCUGAAUCGUGAAGUCGUUACACAAGCUGUUGAAAAAUUUUUCGUUGGUGAGGACGAAGAUGAAGUUAAUGAAUUACGCUCAGAUAUGGUUGAAUUAGUAUUCCAAAAAUUUGAUGUGGAUAAGGAUGGUGUUAUAUCUUAUGAAGAUUAUUCUAGCGUAGUUUCAAAGCAACCUUUAUUGGUGUGCUUCCUUGGUGAGUGUUUACCUGCCAAAAGGACUCAACAAUGUAUUGCUGUCUGUGCCAACAUUAUUUCAAAAGUAGAUGAUGAUCUUAGAACUCCAAAUGUUAAUUUUGAUUAACCAAAAAGUAAACCUGGUACUUCUGGCGGUUUGUUUAGUUUUACAAAUCUGAAAACAAAGAAAUAAUCAGCAAGAAUUACGGGUUACAGAAAUGUUUGUAUGAUUGCUCAUAGUAUUUUGAUGUAGAAAAGGAAUCUUUUCUAAUAUAUUCAAAAUACAACUUUUUUAUAUAAUAUUGAAUUUAUAAAUCAAAAUUUCAAAAUUUUUCGUAC